GCCGUAUUGUAUGGUAAUAACCUAGCUUAAAUGUAUCUAACCAUAAGCCAACAUCACGCGAAAAUGAUAGCAGCACAGCUAAGAUUAUUGGCAAAAAUUUUUUUUCAAAUACAAUUGGUAAAUCCUGCAUUAAAGAAGAUUAAAGAUAUUUUCUGUCCAAAACAGUACAAUAAUCUUGUAAAGGCUAUUAAAUUAAUGGCAGGUUUUGACGGCAAAAAGUACACAACUCCUUCUGUAGUUCAUUCAGCUUGUAUUCUAAUAAAAAAACUUGGGAAUUUUGUAAAAUGUCUAAAAAUUAAAGAAAAUGAUGAUGAGGGAAUGAAAAUCGUUGAAAAUUUUAUGUUUUUAUUAAAUACUAGUCAAAAUAGUGACAUGACUAAGCUAGCAACAGAAACAAGGACUAGAAAUCAAAGGAUAAAAUCCGAAAUUCUUCCAACGACUGCGGAGAUUAACAAUUUAGUAUCUUUACUGGUUAAAGAUAUAGAUGAGUGUUGUCAGUCAUUAGGAGAAACGUUUAACAAAUCUGUAUGGAUUCAUUUAAGUCAGUUAACAUUAUUAUAUAUCCUCGUAUUUAACAGAAAGCGUCCAGGUGAUGUUGAAAGGACUGAAAUAGUCGAAUAUAAAACAGUUACAAGCGUCCCGGAGAAAGACGUGAAAAUAUCCGCAAAAGAAAAAAUUCAUGCUUCAAAUUUUGCAAGGUUUGUUGCAAGAGGAAAGUUAAAUAGGAGUGCUUCCAUACUUCUGUCCAAUAAAGUUCGAACUGCUAUAGAUCUGUUGCUGAAACAUAGAGAAAAUGCUAAUGUCAAUAAAGACAACAAGUAUUUAUUUGCAGAUCCUUCCAAGAAGGACUCCUAUUAUGAUGCUGCCAUUGCAUUAAGAAAGUACUGUGAAACAAAAGGAUUUCCCCCUGGUAAAUUUACUGCAAAUAAAUUGAGGAAACAUUUAGCUACUUCUACUGCCACUUUACCAAAAGAAACCCAAACUGUUAUUAGUGACUUCAUGGAACAUGGACAAGAAAUACACAAUAAUAUAUAUAAACACAGGGAUGCUUUCAUUGAUAUAAUUGUAAUGGGGCAAGUUUUAACAGACGCUUCUGGUUUUACCAAAAAACCCUUACAAUUUGGUCCACCAUGUAAUAAUCCAUUAGAUGUUGUAACACCAGAAUGGAUUCACGACAGUGACAGCAGUUCUAAUUCAGAUACAUUUUCCACUAAAAAAAAUAGAAAGCGAAAAGUUUAUUCCAAAGCAAGAAAAAAUUUGUCGGUCAUUUUAGAGGAGAAUGACGAUAAUUCAUUUUUAAAUAAAUUAGUAAGCAAUGGGGACAAUAAUGAAUCAUUACCUUCAACUAGUAAUUCUCAAAGUCAACCAAUUUUAAAUCGCAAUCUUAUAGAGAAUAAUGCAAAGUCACCUCAAUGGUCUUCUUCAUCAUCAUAUCAGUUAAGUGAUGAUGAACGUUCAAGUGAUUGCUCUGAAAGAAGACACAUACCUAUACAAUUUUCAAGGGCAAAAAACAGAACUUGGACUACUCCUGAAAGAACACGCACCAGGGACAUAUUUUCUGAUUACUUAAAUAAGGGCGAGGUACCUGAACUUAAGCUAAUCCAAGAGAGAAUAGUGAAUGUUGGAUCAGACACCUUUUCUCGUUCGUUGAUACAAAUUCAAGGUUGGCUCAGAGCUGAGAUUAAACGAAAUGCAAGAGGUAAAAACGGUUGGACAACACCCCAGAAAAUUAAAUGUAGAGAAUAUUUUUCUGAUUACUACAAUAAGACUAAAUCAUCUAGGUAUCCACCUGUUAAAGCUAUGAAAGAAGCCAUAAGUACUGUUCCUGAGUUUAAAGAGAAAACAGUUGCAACCUUGAGAAGUCACCUUCAGCAUGAUUUUGCAUAUCUGGAUUGCAUACCCAAAUAA